CAGCACUCUAACUAGUGGACCCAACCAAUUUUUGGACCGGUAAAAAGACCCAGCAAUCUGUCCCGCCAUAUUCAGCUGAAACCAGUAUCCAAAAGCUUCAGGCGUGCGCCUGUCUCGGUCGUUUCAGACUUUCAGUGCGUUUCCAGUACUACCAUGGCUUCUUCUAUUACCUCUAUCCCGCACGAAGGAGAUUCGGUUCUGGUACAGAAGAAUUUGAUUGCGAGGACAUUGACAUUGAACCGGCCUCGGCAGUUGAAUGCCCUUAACUUUGAUAUGAUUUCUCGUCUGUUGGAGCAUUUUCUUGCCUUUGAGGAUGAUGCUAAUGUCAAGUUGGUAAUUGUCAAGGGGAAAGGAAGAGCCUUUUGUGCUGGUGGAGAUGUAGCGGCUGUGGUUCGUCAGAUUAAUGAAGGAAAUUGGAGAUUAGCUGCUUAUUUUUUUCAAAAGGAGUAUACCUUGAAUUAUUUGCUGGCAACAUACAGUAAACCCCAGGUUUCAAUUCUGGACGGGAUUGUCAUGGGAGGUGGGGCUGGUGCUUCAAUACAUGGAAGAUUCCGUGUUGCAACUGAGAAUUCGGUUUUUGCAAUGCCAGAAACUGCUUUGGGACUUUUUCCGGAUGUAGGUGCCUCUUAUUACUUGUCCAGGCUUCCUGGAUUCUUCGGAGAAUAUGUUGGUCUUACAGGUACCAGAUUGGAUGGUGCUGAAAUGCUUGCUUGCAGUCUUGCAACACACUUUGUUCCAUCAACGAGAUUGUCUUUGUUAGAAGAAGCUUUAUACAAAGUUGAUUCAAGUGAUUUUGCCAUUAUUCAAGCAGUCAUAGAUAAAUACUCUCACAGUCCAGCUCUGAAGAAGAAAAGUGCGUACUACCGGAUGGAUGUUAUAGACAAGUGCUUUUCUAGAAGAACUGUAGAAGAAAUUGUAUCUGCCCUUGAGGAUGAGGAGGCUCCAAACGGAGUGGAUGCUUGGCUAACUUCAACAAUUCAAGCUUUAAAGAAGGCAUCACCAAUGAGUUUGAAGAUUUCUUUGAGAUCGAUUAGAGAAGGAAGACUUCAGGGAGUUGGUCAGUGCCUUGUUCGUGAAUAUAGAAUGGUUUCACAUGUUGUGAAAGGAGAAGUCAGCAAGGACUUCAGAGAGGGUUGCAGAGCUUUAUUGCUGGACAAGGAUAAGAACCCAAAGUGGGAGCCUUCCAAAUUGGAGCUCGUCACAAACCAUAUGGUUGAGCAAUACUUCUCUAAGUUGGAUGAUGAAGGAUGGGAAGAAUUAAAGCUCCUUGUAAGAUCAAAUUUGCCUGCAACUGCCAUUGCCAAGCUUUGAGUACUCCGCCGUUUCUACCUACUCAGACCUUGUAACUUGUCAAGGCCAUUUAGUUUAAGUUCGCACUUCAGCAGGUACAUAUAAAAACACCGCCCAAGUUCAUGGUAAUAAAACCGAAUGGCUCGGUAGUAGGCAUUUCUUGUUUCAGCCAAAUGAUAUAAAUCUGUAUACUCAUGGUUAAAGCCUAUGAACACAAAUCUGCACAAUGUAGGGAAAUUUUAUUUGGACCCAAUAAACUUAUUUCUACACCCAUUAAA